AUGAGCACUGUUGAGAAUUUACCUUUUCGGAUUGUAGACGAGAUUCCAUUGAGACUCCACAUGUGGUGGAGUGACCUAGGGGAGGUCGGUCAGCGUUCCGUGACCAAGGCACUGGGUGGUCUCAUCGGUCUUUUGAUGAUUAAGCCAAUGGUUGAUCUGAUCGAGGCAUUGAUACCGUUCUGGGACACAACACAUAAUGUUUUUCAUUUCUCGGAUUUUGAGUUGACUCCUAUGCUUGAGGAGAUAACAGGUUAUGACGGAUAUGACAGGGGUCUUAGGCAUCAGUAUCGAGUAGCCCCGAGAGCUGUGACCCCUCAAGAAGUUUUGGAACUUUUGAGCAUUAACCGACAAGUUAAGAAAGAAAAUUUGGCCGAAGGUUAUUGUACCUUCCACUUUCUGUACAGCUGGAAAGAAAAGCAAGUGGGAGUCGCGCAGAGGUUUAGCCUUCAUAGUCGCAUUUUGGGCACUCUGAUAUUCCCAAAGGAGGACGGACAUAUAGAGUUGGGCCUUGUAGGGGUGGCUGACUUUCUGGACAAGAAGGCCAAUGGUACUCUCGUGCCAAUGAUCAUCAAAGAGAUUUAUCGAGCUCAACCACUUGUCGACCUGAAAUUCUUUGAGGGUUGUAAUCUGUUAUUGCAAAUGUGGCUUGUGGAGCAUCUUUGUUAUCGUCCUAGAUACAUGAACUAUGGGCUAACCAGACUUAGUUUCAUUGAGGAGUACGAAAAUAGGGUAAGUGGCUAUGAGUUGCCGGAGGAUGCUGAGGCUUGGUUCACACGUCUGUGUUCGCUAACUAUAAAUCAAAUUGAGUGGACUUUCAGUUGGCUUUCAGUCAAAGAAGUUAUCUACAUUUCUACCGAUGUGUGCUUUCUGCUAUUGAUGGGUCUUCGGAGUAUUCAGCCUUACACUCCACAUCGGGUUCUACGCCAGUUAGGAAGGUAUCAAAUGAUCCCUCAUGAUGAGGAUCUGAGUACAUAG